AUGUUGCGUUGGUAUCAAGCUAGACUGGCCAAAAGGCCCAUCCUAACCGCCAGUGUCACCAGUGCAGUGUUAUUCGGCAGUGGAGAUGUUCUUGCCCAACAGGCCGUCGACCGCAAAGGUCUAGAGAAACAUGAUUUUGCUCGAACUGGUCGCAUGGCCCUCUAUGGUGGAGCGGUAUUUGGUCCUGUUGCUACCGGCUGGUACCGUGUGCUUCAGAACCAUAUUGUCUUCAAGAGCACCGCUGUUACCACUGUUGCUCGAGUUGCUGCAGACCAGUUUGCCUUUGCCCCAGUCCAGUUGACCUGUUUCCUGUCGGCAAUGGCUGUCAUGGAAGGGUCAGACCCAGUGGAAAAGUGGAAGCGUUCGUUCGUUCCUAGCUACAAGGCAAACUGUCUAGUAUGGCCUUUUGUCCAAGCUGUCAACUUCACAUUCGUGCCCCUCGAGCUACGGGUUCUGGUCGUCAAUGUUGUUAGCUUGGGCUGGAACUGUUUCCUCAGUCUGUUGAACAGCGGUGAGGAAUAA